UAUGUUGGGAAACAUGUGAAAUGCACAGGGAAGCGCUUUACAAAUGUACGUUACGGUAAACUGCAGUUUGAAAAUUUUCAAUGAAAAAAAAUACUGCAGUUUGAAAUACACACGGAAACAGUUUACCGAUAGACGAUACGGUCAACAGCAAUGGCUGAAUAUUUUAAAAUUUUGUAGUGGGCAAAGGCCAAUGUCUAUCCAUUAUGGUGGAUCCCUGAGUCAAAUUCCACGCAUUACAAGGUUUCCAAGAUCAGUUUUGUUGAAAACUGAACCUAACAAUGAUAGACUCCACACUCUUGACGGAUAUGGUUGGUGGAUGUGCCAAGAAACAUAAAUAAAAAUGUUAACGGGCAGUUUUCAAACUAUACUCAGAUUCGAUCGGGUGCUUUUAAUAACAUGGGCACCAACUAUAUCGAAUCUUCCAUUAAAACAACAGCAAUUGCAUUCUUCUGGCUUUUGAGAAUGUGAAUUUUUUCAUUUGGGAAUAGCAUUGAGAGGAAUUGAUAUAAGAUUGUCUGAGUUGAGCUAGCAUUUUCAUUUACUUUCAAGUGAUAGGAAACAGGUUCCAACUGCAAAGAGCAUGCAGCAGGCUGGUAAUUUGACCUUGGGAACAGAUGCCAACUGCAUAAGGCAUACAGAACUCUGGUAAUUUCUUCUCGUAUACAAGAAGGCAAUAUGAAAUACACUGGCUGCUUAAGGGCAAUUGCAAAAUCAUUUGUCAAGAAAACUUCUAAGAACCAUUAUGUUUACAUAACCUCUUGUGUACUGGUUCUCAUCCUCCUGCAGCUUUGGGCAUAUGAAAAGAAACCUGAAUGGAUAUUAUUCAAGUGGAAGGAAACAAUCGAUAAAAAUUAUCCAUUAUCCCAACAUUUUGAAAAUGCCAAUGAAAACAAUUGGUUAGUGAGCAGCGAUGAGCAUGAUAUUUCAGCGAAAUGUGUGCCAAAUAAUGAAUUAGAAUUAACUGCUGCAGAAGCUCAGUGCUUGAGAAAAGCUUUGCUCAAUAAAUUUGAGCAAAGGCAGUCUAGUCUCAACAUACAAGAACAAAAUGCAGCAAAUAACAAUCGACUUUUAAAUUUUCUUGUUGCAAUCCUGCGUCAAAAUUGUAGCAAUCCAGAAAAAAAAACUGAAAAGGAAGCCUUAGAGCAUGAUGCUGAAGUGCUGAAAUUCAAAUUGAAGGAUUUGGAAGGUAAGCUACAAAAAUCUGUGACAUUUUUACCUUUAAAAGAUACAAGGUUCGCAGGAUUAACGGAUUCUGAGCAGACCUGGUUCAUGAGCACUUUAAGAGUAAUAAAUGAUGGCGGCAAACUGGAGUUCUUUUCCUUUCCAUCAGAUAUCUCCAAUGAUAGGAUUCUUUGUCUUCAGGGAAGGAAUGCCCAUGAUGGUUCCCAAAAUUCCUAUGGAUUUGCCUGGAAAAUGCAAUUGCCAAUCAAUUCAACUUUACUUCCUGGUCUAACAUUUGUAUCUGACAACUAUUACGAUUAUUCAAAUCCCUGGCACAGCUUGACAGCAUUAGCAGGUUUUGUAAAUUGGUACAAAGAAAAUGAAUGUGCUUCACCAGAAAGAUUUGUUCUUUAUCACUGGGGAGAGCUUGUCAAGACCAUGGGCUCCUGGGUUUCAAAUAUCAUGCAUGCUUCCUUGGGUCGCCAUGUAGAAGUAGAUUCCUUAGAAUAUGGUGAUGGACCUGUUUGCUUUGAAAAGGCAGUAGUAAUGCGUCGAGGAAUCGGGCGUUUAUCCUUGGAUAAAAGAAUUUUGUUGUUUGAUCUGAUUCGCUGCAAGGUACGGAAAUUCUGUAAUGCUUCUGGAGGACAGCGCUUUAUCAACGGGAUUCAAGUUGUUAAUUUAACGCUUCUCGCACGAACUGGGAGCAGAUCUUUUGAAAAUGUAUCAGUUGUUGCCAAUGUCUUAGAGAAAGAAUGCAAGAAGGUUUCUGGUUGCAAUUUCCGUCUUGUGCAUAUAGCUAAUUUAACUUUUUGUGAUCAGAUCAGUGUAAUGAGUAUGACAGAUAUUCUGGUAACUGUUCAUGGAGCUCAGUUGACUGACAUGAUCUUCAUGGACAAAAACAGCAGUGUGAUGGAAAUGUUCCCGAAAGGAUGGUUGGAACUUGCAGGAAAUGGACAAUAUGUGUUUCAAUGGCUCGCAAGUUGGUCAGGAAUGAAGCAUGAGGGAAUAUGGCGAGACAAUGAGGGACCGGCAUGCCCAAACCCCGAGAAAGGAAGUUCUCAUUGCUUCGCUUUUUAUAAAGAUUUGCGCGUUGGCCACAAUGAAACUUUUUUAGCAAGCUGGACAGCAGAUGUCCUGCAUAAGUUUAAGAACAGGACUAAUCAUUUGACAGACAAUGGUUUGAGCAAGGAAUUUAUUCCUGUUACAUGUCCUUGUGAUCAUGCAAAUACUGAUGACCAUCUCAUUUGAGUUUGAUUCGGAUGUAGACUUAUAUUUGAGAUUUAAUGACCUCAUGGCCUCUUCGAAAAAAUGCGGCAAACCAGUUCAAGGAUCUUGGUUUUAUGGAGCUGCCGAUAAUACCUAAAUACCUCAGUGGUAGGUUAAGCCACCUUUCACACGGAUUCAGUGAUUUGUAGAGCACUGUUGCAUUUUUCAGAUCAUUAAACUAUUAUUCGCCCCAAAUAAUUGUAUUAAUCAGAAUGGGCUCAAUGCUGGUUCUAAUAAUUAACAGGAAGCUCUCUUCCUGGUAUAAUUUGGUUUUUGCAAUUUUGAUGAGCUCUAAGUGUUUAUUGAGAUUGUGUAAACUCUAUCAAUAGUAUCAUACGAACAUUCAA